AGUUUUAAGAGUUUUGAUCUUUUUGUUUCCGGAAGUCGAUGACUUAUGAUUCCGAUCCAUCGAGCGUUCGAUUCCACCAACGAACCAAAAGGAAUUUAAGAGAAGAGAAGAGAAGAGAGGAGAGGAGAGCCGAUUCGCUCAAUUUUCUGGAAGAAUUGUUCAUUUCAGCUGCUUCUUCGGUGUUAGAUCCGAUCCUUGAAACCUCGCGUUCCCGAGAAGUUCCUCUUUUAUGAUGCGCUGGUCUUCUCCGUACCUCGGAUCAAGAAUUCGAUCCUGGCUUCGCGACUACGACUGCCUGCAAUUCGUCGCUGUUGUUCUCAUCUACAUCCAGAUCGGUUGCGCUCUGGUGGGAUCGCUUGGCGCAUUGUUCAAUGGCGUUUUGCUGAUCAAUCUGGUGGUGGCCCUCUUUGCGCUCGUUGCAAUUGAGAGCAGUAGCCAGAGCCUGGGAAGGACUUAUGCUGUGCUUCUCUUCUUCUCUAUUGUUCUUGACAUUGCCUGGUUCAUGUUUUUCUCGCACACUAUAUGGAACUUCAAUCCCGAUCAGAAGUUUGGGCCAGUAUUUGUCUUCUCAAUCAAACUUGCAUUGUUGAUGGAAAUCAUUGGCUUUUCAGUGAGGUUUUUGUCCUCAUUUUUAUGGGUUCAAAUGUACAGAUUGGGGGUUUCAACAAUGGACAAUACGACAUACUGUGCAGAUUAUAAUGUUAGAGAUAGCUUUGUGAACCCUCCAACAAAUGAAGUAGCUAGGCAGACCUCCAAUUCUGAUGAGAUUUUGGGAGGUUCUGUUUAUGAUCCAUCCUAUUAUUCCUCCCUCUUUGAAGAUAUUCAAGAGACACAACACAUGACUGAGGGCAGGAAACAGAUUCUUUACAAUGGUAACUCAUCUUUGGUAGUUGAAUCUCCAAAACUCAAGUCAUUUGUGAGUAAACUUUUUCAGGCUGAUAGUGAUUCAAGAAAACCACAAUUACAAUGAUUGAUAGUGUUUCCACAAGUUGCUUGUAAUCUGGCUUUCAUGUCAUAUUGCUUGACUACAUUGUGCCCCCAAGCACCAAUUUUGGCAUGACGGUUUAUCGUCAUAGAUGCAACCAGCUCUUUCAAAUUCAUUCGUACUGUUCUAUGGAUCCUUUCGGCACUUUCCUAUUGAUUUGUAACCCUUCCUUACUUCCAACUGUUCAACCUUGGAAUCCUGUGCCAAUGGCAAAAGAACAUUCUUUACGUCCAGAUGAGGUUUCUGAACAUAAAGGUCAAACAGACACCAUUGUCGGAAAAACAUAUCGAGGUGUUUGGAAUCAUUUUGAAGAAAGAAACCACCAGAAAGAUAGAGAUGCCUUGAUGUCAGAUUUUAGGUAAAUCUGCGCUGUUGAUUUAUCAUCGGUGUCUUCAUUAGGGCUCUUGGGGCUUGGGAGUUGAGAUCCAAUUGUGGCAUCCUAUUAGGUGUUUCAAUCUGAUUUCUCUACUAGAAUUUGUUCCUCUUUUCCUUGGUUUGGAAACAUCAAUGCUAAUGUUUUCGAUUUCUAUUCCGGGGAUUCAUGACUUUGUAAAACCGUCAGAGUAUUAUUAAAGUUGUACUGCGAUACAAAUUAGAACCAAGU